AGCCGAAGUUAAGGCCUUCUUUAGUGAGCAGUUGGACAGGAACAAGGCUAGAGCUAAAGCAAGGGCCCGAGAAAAGCUCCUGAGGGACCAAUCUGCAAGGAGGCCGCACAUUGAUCUAGAGAAAGAGGAAGGCCAGGGGCUCGACGAGGAUGCAGAACUACAAGCGGCCUUACACCAGUCCCGCCAAGAGUAUGAAUUUAUGCAGCAAGCUGGGCCACGAUAUGAUAGGGGUGGCGGAUCGGGUGGUGGUGUUGGAGGCAGUGGUGGACCGCUGCCUUCGAUGUUCAGAAGGAGCCAGUCACAAGUCCCCGAGAGGGUUAGGGACUACCAUCUAGGGUUGAGCAGUGGUCCACGGCAGCAAAGGAUUGAUACCGGCCCAUGGACUGUCAAGGGGAGGACAUCAAGAGAGCUUCUAGGGAGGGCAUGGGCGAAGGCGUGCCAUGCUGUCGGUAUUCCCGGCCGGAAAGUCGAUGACCCAUACUUUAAAGCUGCGAUCGUGGAGACCCAGAAACAAGGUGUUGGAAUCAAAAUACCAUCAGGGAGGGAGAUAGAUGGAAAAUAUUUGGAUGAAAAUGUGAAGGAGAUAGAGAAAGAGAUAGAGAAGUGGAAGAACGAGUGGGAUGAAUGUGGAGUCACGAUCAUGUGUGAUUCGUGGACGGGGCCUAUGCGUAACUCGGUCAUUAAUUUCUUGGUGUAUAGCGGUGGCACCAUGUAUUUCUUGAAGUCCAUCAAUGCGUCCGACAAAAUACAGGACCAUCAAUACUUGUUGAAGGAGAUACGAGCAGUGGUCAUGAAAGUGGAGCCUCACAAUGUGAUUCAGCUUGUCACGGAUAAUGGUUCGAACUAUAAAAAAGCCUGCAAAAUUAUAUGUCAUGAGUUCCCUACCAUUGCAUGGCAGCCUUGCCUUGCCCAUACCAUCAACCUUAUGCUGAAGGACAUAGGGAAGUGGCCGGAGCAUGAUGCUUGUAUUCGAAGCGCGCAACGAAUUUGCAGCUGGCUCUACAACUCCAACAGUUUACACAGCAUGAUGAGGGAAGCCAUCGGAGGAGAGUUGGUCAAGUGGAAUGUAACAAGAUUUGGGACCAACUACAUGUUCCUUGAAAGCAUGUAUAGGAAGAAGGACCAGUUCAUGACAUGGUUAGUGUCACCUGAGUUCCGACGGUCCCGCCACUUCAAAAGUGAAACUGGAAGGUACAUUUACGAAUGCAUCACAAGUCUUCAAUGGUGGGCGAAUAUGGAGUAUGUGAUCAAUGAUGUUGAGCCUCUGUACAUGUUUUUGAGAUUUGCUGACACAGACAAGACACCUAAUUUGAGUGAGGUGACAAUGGAGUAUCAAAAACAUGAGGCAAACAUAUGCCAGCAAGUUCAGCAAUGA